CUCUCUCUCUCUCUCUCUCUCUCUCUAUCAGCUGGACUCGAACCUGGAUCCUCAUCAGCUCCAGCAGCGGUUCCAUCCGGUUCUGUUCACCCUGGCCCUGGUUCUCGGAUUCUCCGGCACCGGGUCUCUGGUUCUGCCGUGAGUCCUCCUCUGAGACUUUUAUCUCGCGGUGGCUGCUGGGAAAUAAAGCGUUUCUGUUCGCCGUUAGUCUGGGUAGAAAUGUCAGCCGUCAAUCCGAACCAGACCCAGAGCGGCGAGCCGAACCGGGCCGGAGCCGAGCAGGGGGAGGGCGGCGUCCUGCAUCCGCAGACCGUGUUCGUCAUCCUGGACUCGGCGGAAACUCUCAACGUGGUCCGGGUGGAGUCUGGGAUUGUCGCUGACAUCGAGGUCGACAGUUUGCUGCCUUCAGACUGCGACACCUUCUACGAGAUCAAGAGUCAGCCAAUCAGCAUCAGCUCGUCAGCAACGUCUUCCUCGUCUUCUUCUUCUUCGCUUCCAGCCGUCAUGUCGUCCAGGGUUCUGCUGCGUCAGGACCUGAUGCGUCAGCAGGCACAGCAGGAGCAGCAGAAGGAGGCAGAACUGCAGCAGCUGCUGCAACGCUGUGACUCUUCUUCUCCCGUGGGCGUGUCGUCGUCCUGCCGGCCUCCUGCUCAGGUUCCUGUGGAGGUUCUCAAGGUGCAGACUCAUCUGGAGAACCCCACCAGGUACCACAUCCAGCAGGCCCAGAGGCAGCAGGUCCGCCAGUACCUGUCCACUACCAAGACCACCAAUCAGCAGCCAGCUGCACCUCAGAGCCACGCCCCCAGACAGCCAGAGGGUCCCAAACAGGAAGUAAGAAUUGUGGAGGAGACUGUCAUCGAUGACAUCAUCAGCCUGGAGUCGAGCCUGAACGAUGAGUUCCUCACGCUGAUCGACUCAGGACUGCAGCUCGCCAACACGUUGCCGGUGUCUGACGUGCUGGACAUGUACGGCAGAGGGACGGCCACGCCCACCGUCACCGUUAGCAACAGCUGCCCCGCUGACCUGCAAGUUGUCAAGACAGAGCUGAGCGAUGUUGAGGCCAAAGCGCUGAUUAAAGAGAGACAGAAGAAGGACAAUCACAACCUGAUCGAGAGGAGAAGACGCUUCAACAUCAACGAUCGCAUCAAAGAACUCGGAGCUCUGAUCCCUAAAUCCUCAGACCCGGAGACCAGGUGGAACAAAGGAACCAUCCUGAAGGCGUCGGUGGAUUACAUCCGCAAACUGCAGAAAGAACAGCAGAGAACCCGAGAGAUGGAAGAGAGGCAGAGGAGGCUGGAGAACACCAACCGAUCACUGCUGCUGAGGAUACAGGAGUUGGAGGUCCAGGCUCGGCUCCACGGUUUCUCAUCGUCCGCCCCCCCUCCUCCCUCCUCCUCCCCUCUGGCCCCGCCCACCCUCCUGUCCUCCCCCCUCCCUCCCUUCUCCUCCCCCUCCUCCCCCCUGGUGACUCCUCCCCUGGGUCUGGACGCUCUGAGCUUCGUGGAGCUGGAGGACCCUCGGGGGGCGUCGGCAGUCUUCUCCCCGGAGCUGCUGCCUGAGGCGGGGCUGCAGGGCGUCCUACUGAUGGAGGACGGCGUGAUGUCCGACCCGCUGCUGUCCUGCGGCGCCUCGAAGACGAGCAGCCGGAGGAGCAGCUUCAGCAUGGAUGAGGACCUCUGAUGACUUCAGCACGGAGAGAUCUGAUUGGCUGAGCUGGAGACGGGACUCUGCCUUUUUUUAAUCUUCAGUAGAACUAUUUUAACCUGUGACAUCAUCCAAACAAUCAACGCCCGGUGUGAUGCAGUGUUGCCAUGGUAACCACUACUCGUCUUCCUGGACGCUAGGGGUCCUGUAGAGUUGUCAUGGCAGCGAAUGGGUCCUUGCUUGUAACCACGACAACGUCACCAUGGUUACCACAGUGUGCCCCAAAAGUGUUGCCAUGGUAACCCCUAUCUACAGUAUCCAUGGUGACUGUUCAUUUUCUACACUAUCCCUGAGGCUGUCACCAUGGUAACCACAGCAGCAUGUCCUCCUGUGUUCCCAUCAGUUACCAUGGUAAACACUAUGUGGUGACUGCUGAGUUCUGCAUCAUCAUGAAAACAAGAAACAGAGACAGCUGGACACUGAUUGGCUGCUGAUGAACAAGCUUGCAGCUGAUUGGCUGAGCUGGUUUCAUCUGCUGAGAAGCUGCAAGUGUGAUCUCACAUGGACCCUCAGAUUGUAGAUCUGAAACAACCUGAAGGGAACUGUUCCAUCUCCACAUGCUGUCACCAGUUUGAACUGGUUUCAUUCCACUGGUUUGGUCACAGCUAGCAUUUUAUUGUUGUUACUGGUGGAGAAGUUAGCUCGCUGUUAGCCAUCACCAACCGCUAAGUUAGCGCGCUGUUAGCCAUCACCCACCGCUAAGUUAGCUCACUGUAAGCCAUCACCCACCGCUAAGUUAGCUCGCUGUUACCCAUCACCCACCGCUAAAUUAGCUCGCUGUUAACCAUCACCCACUGCUAACUUAGCUCGCUGUUUGUCAUCACCUGCAAAUUGUAGACAUACAGCUGCAUCUGAUAGCAGGAUAUGUCUUAGCUGAAGCUAAUAGUAAGCUAACUCAUAGCUGCAGCUGAUAGCAGGGUAAGUGUUAGCUGAAGCUAAUAGUAUGGUAAGUCUUAGCUGAAGCUAAUAGCAGGCUAACUCAUAGCUGGAGCUAAUAGCAGGCUAACUCAUAGCUGAAGCAGAUAGCAGCGUAAGUCUUAGCUGGAGCUAAUAGCAGGCUAACUCAUAGCUGGAGCUAAUAACAGGCUAACUCAUAGCUGAAGCUAAUAGUAGGCUAACUCAUAGCUGAAGCUAAUAGUAGGCUAACUCAUAGCUGGAGCUAAUAGCAGGCUAACUCAUAGCUGAAGCUAAUAGCAGGCUAAGUAUUAGCUGGAGCUAAUAGCAGGCUAACUCAUAGCUGAAGGUAAUAGCAGGCUAACUCAUAGCUGGAGCUAAUAGCAGGCUAACUCAUAGCUGAAGGUAAUAGCAGGCUAACUCAUAGCUGGAGCUAAUAGCAGGCUAACUCAUAGCUGGAGCUAAUAGCAGGCUAACUCAUAGCUGAAGCUAAUCGCAGGCUAACUCAUAGCUGGAGCUAAUAGCAGGCUAACUCAUAGCUCGAGCUAAUAGCAGGCUAACUCAUAGCUGAAGCUAAUCGCAGGCUAACUCAUAGCUGCAUCCUUUAAGGACUCAGAGUUCGAACCAAGUGUUGUUUGUUGUGAUGUUCAGCUUCACGGUUCACAUUUUGGGCGGACAGUUUGAGGAGCGAAGGAAGAAGGUCUCCAACACUGAUCAGGUUCUUCCAGUCCUCAGAUAUUUUCCCACAAAGAUUCACCGUCAUCCUGAUUCAUCCCUCCUCAGUAACUCCAUGAGUUAUGUGGUUUGGAAGUAAAUCGUCUACACUGAUAUAGCGGCGUUCUACCUUAAUGGUACUCAAAGCACUGUACAAUGUGCAAUCAAUCAAUCAAUCAAUCAAACACGCAUUCACACACCAUUGACGACAGAACUUCCAUCCCAAGUGCUUCCUGCCAUCAGAUCAACUACAUACAGGGAUGAGAAUUUUCCGCGGAUCCGCGGAAUUCCGAGUUUUUUUCCGCCGAAAGUAUAGUUUUUGUGAAUCGUGUAAAUCCGUUGAGAAAAUUGUAGGGGGGUAGGGGUAGGCAAGCGGCCGGCCGAUGCGUCGCGAGCCAAGGCUUGUGAUGGCCGCCCGCCUUGAUGGCCAUCCCGCCGCCGACAUCUUUCGGCAACGUGCAUUGCAACGCGGGGGGCCUUCGGCAGACAUUUUCAGAGUUUUUUUCCAUUUGUCAUUCUCAUCCCUGUACAUACUUACCUACUGAGAUCACCUGACCUGAUGACCUGAGAUCACCUGACCUGAUGGGAAAUAUAACAGGAAUGUCUGAAUUCAGCCAUUAAAGGAUGCAGCCUCUGAAUUAGCACACAGCGACUGUUUGGAGUCCACUGUUAGCUGAGCUAGCUGUUAGCUAAGCUAGCAGCUUGCUGAGCUAGCUGUUAGCUGAGCUAGCCAUUAGCUAAGCUAGCCGUUUGCUAAGCUAGCCGCUUGCUGAGCUAGCCGUUAGCUGUAGAGGCUUGGCUUAGUUGAGCAGCUCAGCCAGUAAUCACCCAGCUGAAGCUGUCUCAUCUGUUAAGUGUAUUUUCUUCACCCAGAUAUGAAUUGUAAGAGCUAACAGCUAAUGUAGCUAGCUUUGGCUGUCUGUUAGCUACUGUAUACAUCACAACUGAAAACAAUUAGCAUGUUCUGUGUUGCUCUGCUCAGCACUUCCCACUCUGAAACUACAUGCUAAUGUAGUUAGCAGCCUAGCUCACCACAAACCCAACAGCUGGCAGAGGUUUCUCUGAUAAUUUGAGCAUACUUUGAAUAAAGCUAGUUGGUAACUGCAAAAUGCUAGUUAGUUGAUGUAGAUAGCUAAGGCUAAAAGCAAGCGAACUGUCUCCUUGAUACCAUCAAACUGUGUACUGUAACCUGCUUCAAGCUUAGAGUAAAGCUAGCUCGCUGUUGUUGCUGUUCUCAGUUACUAGUUUGUGGCCAAAUACAAGGUUAGCUAGUCUAAAAAUGACUAGCUAACAGUUAGCUAGUCUAAAAAUGACUAGCUAACUGUUAACUAAUCAAAAAAUGAUUAGCUAACAGCUAGUCUAAAAAUGACUAGCUAACUUUUAGCUAAUCUAAAAAUGACUAGCUAACUGUUAGCUUUAGCUCAGUGUUCCAGUACACAGCAUCAGUAUCACUGAAAUGAUUCUACCCUGUAUCUCCUCACAGUAAUCAGAUUACCUCUAAGUAAUAGAGUAUUCUACCUUGUAUCCCCUCAGUAAUCAAAUUACCUCUCAGUAGUAUUCUACUGUAUCCCCUUACAGUAAUCAGAUUACCUCUCAGUAGUACAGUAUUCUACUGUAUCCCUCACAGUAAUCAGAUUACCUCUCAGUAGUAGAGUACUGUCUCUGAUGUCAGAUUACUGGUUGAAUUCCGGCUCCCCAGCAGGAACUCAGUGGAACUAAGGUGAGGUUCUGUGGUUCCUCCUUCAGUCCUCCUCAUGGAGGAGCCAGAGUCCACUCAUUUCUGCUCACAUCUUCUCUGUUUUCUUCAGCUGCUCUGUGCUGGAGGGGUUGUGUUGCUCUACCUGUCUCUAGAGAACACCUCAAAGGUUCUGCUGGCUUCAGGACUCACACUGUCCAGGUCCUUGUGGGACAACCCAGUCCUUCUGGGAAAGUUAAUGUCAUUUUGGACCUCCAUGCUUCACUGUCAGGACUAUGCAUCCACUGUGGUUGUCCUGGUCAGGUUCUCACCAAACAUCUGGACUCCAUCUGAGCCCAACUCAUUGAUCUUUAUCUGACCAAAGAAUGUUUUCCAACAUCCAUCAGGCUUCUUCUCAUGUUCUUCAGCUUAGAAGUAAUCUGAUUACUGUGAGGCAAUACUUCAGUACUACUAACAGAACUGCUGUGGGGUUUCAGAUCAACAUUUUUCACUAAAACUGACUUUAGUCUGAGCAGUUACCAUGGCAAUGGCCUGACCAGAGACACGUUCUAAAAGGGAUUUCUGUUUGUCUUUAUUCAUGAUCUGUUAUAUUCCUGUUAAUUUUUAUAGAUUUGUCACAUUUUAUAGAAAUAAAUCCUGAUGCUAAAGAA